UGGGAGCGGGUACCUGUCAAUUUCGGGUACCCGCUCCCACUUCCGCUGCAAUCGCCUAAGGCGAUCAUAAGCAGAAGUUGUCCCCCCCACCGCUCCCUCCCCGUAGUUUUCUGGGACACGUGACAGGUCCCAGAAGACUAUGGGACCAUUCACAAAGCGCAGUAAGCACCUGGCUGUGAAGCCGCAAGCUGUCACAGCCGGGUGCCCACACUGAAGAUGUCGGCGCCAGGAACACCGGACGGUCGGUGAAACAGGCUGCGGGGAGGACAC